AUGUCGCGACUAACAAAAAAACUCCACUGUGUCGCUGAUUUCUGUGUUAUUCCUAUCGGCGUAGGACCUAGUCUUUCAAAGUACAUUGUCGAAACCCAAAAAAUCUUGAAUGAAGCUGGAUUAACUCAUAAGCUUCACGCGAAGGGAACCAAUAUUGAGGGCGAUUGGAGUGAAGUGAUGGAGGCAAUUCGCAAAUGUAAUGUUCGCUUACACGAACUCGGCGUUCCUCGAAUUAAUACCACUAUUCAUGUCGGGACGCGUACUGAUAAGGAAGACUCUAUCGAAGCCAUGUAA